AUGAAAGAAGUCUCCCGAAACCUAAGCGCUGUUGAAUCUGCUGUAGCACAGCUUUGUGCUGCGCUACGAGGUGAUGCGCAAUCAAAAGCUGGACAGACUCGUAUCAAUAUCGCAGCGAUCAACUUGAAGAGCGCCCUUCAAGCUAUGGGCGACUCCCAGUCGGCAGUUGAGAGCUCUGGUGACGACACCAAGAAGAAGGCCCUCCAAGACUUGAUUGGCCCAUUUUCGAAAGGUCUUAGCCAAUUUGCAAAAAUCAUCACGAAUGUCUACGAUCGUGGACCUCUUCCUGAUACUGUUGCAUUAGACUUGAAGCCUGUUCUGGCCAAGUAUGAAGAAGUUCAAAAGUCUUACCAGAAGCUUGCCACCGAAAGUGGCCUUAAAAUCGAUUUGUACAUGCCUGGAAUGUCAAAUGUACUGCCAACAAAUGUGGAGGAGGCCUUCGGCAAGCUUGGCGGGCGGUAG